UUUUUUUUUUAUUAAUCAUUUACUAUCUAAUGUAAACAGAACCAGAACCACAUAUAACUGACUUGCUCAGCUUUUGCUUUAAAAGCCACUCACAAUAUGGCGGCUACGCUGACGUGCGAUCUUCUCAGGAGAUUUUUUUUAUCUCAACAUUAGACGUUUCUCACUGACUCACAGUAAACAUAUGGACAGACUAUUAUGAACACAUUAAAUAAGAGAGCACAUGGAGGAAAAAAAAAACCGAUAAAGUAAGGAAUUGACACAACGCUGAAUGCAAUUCCGACGUGAUUACGUCUCAAAUAUGCUAAUUAGGCUAACACUUCACUGAGGUGGGAGUUGUUAUAUUUUAGCAUGCUUUACCGUCAUACCACUUUCAGUACUUAUUACAAUAAUAACAACUGUUAGUGAGUUAGGAUAUACAGCCUCCUGUUAAUUACAACAGGGACAUUACAUGUGUAGCUCUUGGUCCAGAAGCUAACUAAAGCUAACAGCGGCUACUUAGAGGGCGCUUUGACUGAAUGAGCUGAACCAUGAUCCGGAGUGGAAAGGUCCUCUGCGGGCUCCUCAGCUCCAGAUGCUUUGUCCCAGUCAGACACAGUGUUUCAGGGAAGGCCUGGAUCACUCCAAGAGGCUUUGACACGGGAAUAAAGACUUUCAACAGCCUGACCAAACAGAAAGAAGCUCUGAUCCUGGCUAGAGAUGGAACAGCCACCUGGUACAGCUGUGGACCUACAGUGUAUGACCACGCUCACCUAGGCCAUGCAUGUUCUUAUGUCAGGUUUGAUAUCCUGCAGAGGAUCCUGACCAGGUUGUUUGGUAUCACCGUUAUCCAAGCUAUGGUCAUCACUGACAUUGAUGACAAAAUUAUCAGAAGAAGUUGGGAGGAAAAGGUGUCUCCAGCUGUCAUUGCCAGACUGUAUGAGGAGGAAUUCAAGAGGGAUAUGCUGUCAUUAAAGGUGGUUCCUCCUGCUGUGUAUCUAAGAGUCACAGAGAAUGUGCAUCAUAUUGUUGCAUUUAUUGAAGGGAUCAUAAGAAACGGGCAUGCUUAUGCCACAAAAGAAGGUGACAUAUAUUUUGAUGUGCAGUCCAUUGGUGAGCGUUAUGGGAAGUUUGUUGGAGCUGUGAGCUCUCAAGGAGAGCCUGGCAGCUCAAAUAAACGAGACUCCAGGGAUUUUGCUCUGUGGAAGCGGUCUAAACCUCAGGAGCCAUUCUGGGAAUCUCCGUGGGGCAGAGGAAGACCUGGCUGGCAUAUUGAAUGUUCUACUGUUGCCAGCCAUAUGUUUGGGAGUCAGCUGGAUAUUCACUCUGGAGGGAUUGAUCUGGCCUUUCCUCACCAUGAGAACGAGAUCGCGCAGAGUGAAGCCUUUCAUCAGUGUGGACAGUGGGCAAACUACUUCCUUCAUUCAGGUCAUUUACAUCUGAAAGGCAGUGCAGAGAAAAUGUCUAAAUCUCUGAAGAACUAUAUUACUAUCAAGGAUUUCCUACAGUGUCACACUGCCGAGGAAUUUCGGAUAUUUUGUCUCUUGACCAAAUAUAGAUCUGCUAUAGAUUACAGUGACAGCAGCAUGUCAGAGGCUUGCACCCAUCUGGAAACCAUCUGCAUCUUCAUCAGUGCUGCUCAGGCCUACAUGAAGGGUCAGUUACACUGUUCACCUGUGCAGGAGGAUCUUCUGUGGCAAAGAUUGGCUGAUGCUAAAUCUAGCAUCUGGACAGCGUUAACAGAUGACUUUGACACACCCAGAGCCAUUGGUGCUCUGAUGAAUCUGAUUUAUCAUGGAAAUUGCCAACUCCAGCCGGUUUCUACGGCAGAGGGAGGUGUUCGGAGCCCUGCAGUCUUUGGAGCGAUCGUCACCUACAUCAGGGAUAUCCUGAACGUGUUUGGGAUCGACUUGCUGCCCAGUAAGGAGGCUGAGGUGUUGAGCAAUGGAGGACAUCUGCAGGCCGUGGUGGAGGAGCUAGUUCGUUUCAGAAGUGAAGUCCGAGCAUUCGCACUCUCCCGUCGGGACUGUCCGAAUAACAAACCCGGUCUGUACACAGACAGAGCCCCCCUCCUGAAAGCCUGCGACACCCUCAGGAAGGACCUGGUACCCUUAGGCGUGGUGAUAAAGGACAGAGGAGCAACGUCCACUUGGGAGAUAAAGCAGAGUCUAAGAGGAUUAGAGACCACGACGACAACCAGCAAAAUGAAAAGGACAAAUGAUCGGUUUCAGAACUAUAGACUAUAAGACUAUCAGAACUUUCAUCUUCUUUCAUUUAGAAGUGAUCAGAUGGACUAAGGCUUAUUUUCAUUGGUUGUGACCUCUGGCCUAGGAUUCGGGCUAAAUUGGUCACAAAAUGCAGAACUGCAAAUUCACUGUUUUCAUCAGUCAGUAAAUAUGGUCCGAUUCCUUCUAGACCUACAUUUAAUGUUCCGAGAACCCGAAAUGUGGACCCACCCCCAAUAAAGCUACAGUGCAAUGGAA